CGUAUUAGUCUACGACUGAUUGCUUGGUACCUUUGAAGGUUGCAAUCAGCAUACUGACACGCCUUAAACAUGAGGGAAAGGCACCUUUAAGGAAGGCGUGCACGAGUCUUCCAGGGCAAACCUGUACAAAAAUGCCCAAGGGGAAAGUGCGCCCUUGGGUAAACGCCACCUCAAGCCCCGGAGGAAGAGUAGCCCGAACGUCGCACGAUGUCGAUAAGCAGCAGCAUACACUAUUCGAUAAAAAGAAACGGGCUCAGAAAGUCAGGGAACGCUCUGGCCGUGAGCAAGCUUUCAGGGAAAGAAAUUCCGAACGUGUUGCAGAGGGUAAACGCAGGAAAGUUUCAGGGGAGUAUGCGCGUUUCACAGAGUCCUUGAAAGCAGUUUGCGUUGAUGUUGAUGAGUUGACGUGUCUCUGCUAUGAUGGCGAACGAUCUGAAAGGAACGCAGCACUCGAUGCCCUGAGUGCCAACGCCCAGCUUGGUCCCUUCAACAGUUCAGGUGGCACAUGCAUGGUUGAAAGGCAAGUGGACACAGUGAAUAUCCCAGAUGUCAAACCAUGGUUUCGCUCCAAAGAAUUAACCCUUCCUGCUCACGAGCGGGAAAGACGCCGUGCGCGAGCUGAAUUCUUGACUCGGCAGAUAGCUACUGCCUCUCAGCAAAAGCAGCUUAGUCGUGCCGUUUCUGCAUACCGUCAGCUUGUCACACACGAACGACUUUUGCCAACGUCUUACACAUAUGCGGCACUUAUAAAUGCGUAUGUAAACUCAGGCCACAUGUCAGGAGCAAUCGAGGUACUCAAACGCAUGCAAGCUGUGCCGGGAAUGAUACCAAACGUAGUCAUAUACACCACCAUGCUCAAAGGCCACAUGCUCUCUGGAAACGUCGAUGCUGCAGAGGCUCUUGUUAAUGAGCUGUGUGCAACGCGAAAAAUAUCACCACUGGAUAUCAGGGGCAUCAACACUUUCUUGAGAACAUGUCAACGUGUUGGAGACACACCCCGAGCAUUAAACAUGUACCACAGGUUGUGCGUUCAAUCUCCCGAAGUUGACAGUGGACGCGUGACACCGAACUGCUCUACAUACAAAAUUAUCGUGCAGCUUCUUGCUCAGAAUUUGCAAGUGGAGGAAAUUUUUCGCGUUAUUACUCAAGCAAAAAUAGACGCAGAACGUGUUAUCAAUGGCGAGCCUGGAGGUGGAGCGGUGACAGCUCAAAGCUGCAAGUUUUGGUCUGCAGGUUGCUGUGAUCGCGGCGCCAGAUGUUUGUAUUACCAUAGUCCUAACUUUACUCAGCGUGCAGAGGUUGAGUGGGUAGAUGCCCUUGCUUUUAUGCACGUCCAACUUGCGCGUGCCGCAGCUCUUCUCGGGAUGUAUAGACUAGUCAAAGAAUCGAUUGAAUUUGCCACCGUUGCGCUAGAGAAAGUUGAAAAUCUGCUGGUCGGAAAAUCAUGUCGUGAGUGGGGGGAAUCCCUGGCUGUCGUCGAUGUUGACCCUGCAGAAGACUCUUCGGUGAUGUUUAAGCGCACCACGCGACAAGAACUUCUUCUCGAGAUACAGCGAAUGAAUGCUUUCUGUGGUCGGGUGUUAGCAGGUUUACAGAACGAGCCAAGUCUUGUGAAGCACCUGUGCCGAACACUGAUUUUUAGACACCACACUGUCGAAAAUGCAGAAAUUCCAGGGAAGACGGUUGCUGCGCAUUCGUGCAUAUUAAAAGGUGAAACAAAUAGGAAACCUCAGGACACACCACCAGGUAUGGCCACUUUUCUCAGAAAUAUGCUCUUUGAGAGCCUACGUGUUGGAUUUGGAUUGGAGAUCCAAUGCAAGAGAAAUCAAAUUGACAAUUUGGAUACAGCAAAAAAGUAUCUUUGCAGAUGUAUUACCGACGACUGUAAAAUUGACUUCGGUGCUCUGUUCUCUUCAGACGAAAGUUUUGAUCUGCGUUUUUCUGCCACAAAACAAUUCGAGAGACAUGUGCAAAGUAAAUACGAAAUCAGGAAUAAUCGGGAAGCCCGCCAGGUGAAAAUGGAAAUCUGUGCUGGAAAUGGCGACUGGGUAGUUGCACAAGCGAAGGAAGAUCCUGGGUCAGACUGGAUCGCGUUAGAGCUGCGCCACGAACGCAUACAUUCAAUCUUCUCACGUGCAUUCUGUGAGGGCAUUACAAACCUUUGUGCAUUGGGAGGCGAUGCAACGCAAGUAUUGCAAAAUAAUAUUCGACCUGGGUCAAUUUCGUACAUAUUCAUUAACUUUCCUGAGCCCCCACACCACUCUGGGAGUAGGACUGCUGACAACCGUUUCCACCUCUUAACAUCCUCGUUUUUUGAAUGUAUCCACACUGUGCUUAUUGAUGACGGAGUGCUCACUCUCUUCAGUGAUAAUCACAAAUACAUGCGGUCGUUAGCGAACACGAUAUCGUCGCUGCUGCACGAGAAAGAUGAAAAGGCAGAUGAACCAAUGUUCCUUGCAGAAAUUGCUCAAGGCACUGCUGUUGAUGGGAAAGGUUCGACGACUUUUGAAAAUGUUGCGGGUAUGAGGCUAUAUCAGGGACUUCCAGGCAUAGGCUCGGGUCAUAUUGUGCACGAGCAGAGUUAUUUUGAUCGUUUCUGGAAACAAGGAUCGCACGCCGAUAGGUACUUCAUGAUCGUCUCAAAGAAUUGAGUCUUGAUAGCAGUGAAAUACCAGAAAUAUUUAUUGCAGUACAAGGCUGCGCGAGGAGGGGGCGUGUAGUGGCUCCUCGCAGUGGCUUGAGCGACGAAAGCUGUGUCCAGGAGAAGGAUCUGGGUGCAAGUCGUACUUUUGUGAGAGUAUACAAUAGUUCAAAUGUGAUAUAUAAUAUGUAUCAUAUUUAAUCAGUGUACCGUGCUCAAGUAGAUUUCAUGAUAUCUAAAUCUAAUUGAAAAC